AUGGUUAAUAGCACUUCUUUCUCGCUUGCUCUGGUUGUUUUCUUCGGCAUAUUUUAUAGCGCUGUUUUCAUCAUGUCAGUCGUUGGUAAUACAUGGGUUCUAACAACCUGCUAUGUCACCCUGCGGAGAACACACUCUCCUGUGAUGUGGUUCUUGGCAAAUCUAGCUUCUGCCGAUCUCUUGUUUACUUUUCUCACCAUUUUAAAUGCAAUAGGCUUUUAUUGGCGUUGGAUAGGCGGUGACGUUACCUGUAAACUUCAUGGCUUUCUCGUCGAAGCAACGUACACCGUUUCAAUUACAACGCUUCUGGUGUUAAGCUAUCAGAGACUGAAGGCUGUUGUUGAUCCUUUUAAUGCACGAAUUAAUAGCUGGCCACGAAAAGAAUUUCUAAAAACUGUCACAAUCUGGGUCUUUUCCUUGGCGGUCUGUUCACCUUUGGUUCACAUUUACCGCGUGGAAACACAAGAAAACGGUGAAUUGCUUUGUACUAAUACCACAUGGGGAAGAAUUGGCCGACAAAUAUUCUACGGUCUGCAUGCGAUUCUGUACUUCAUCAUUCCUUUGUCGUAUAUGAUUUUUUCUCAAACUCAGAUUUUUCGCGCUCUUCGUUCAAGAUCUGGGGUAAUUAACAAUAAUAUUAUUGAGAGAUCUAAUCGAAGACAUAAGAAAGUUGCUAAAACACUGGCAGCAUUAACCGCAGCGUUUGCUAUCUGCCAGUCCCCUUUUAUGGUCACACGAACGCUUAUCUACUUUCACUUAGCUCCAUAUGGUUUUAUUUGGAGAGGAUCUCAACUCUUGAUCUGCCUAAAUGUGGCAUUGGAUCCCUUGUUAUACGGGUACUUUGGCGGAAACCUCAAAAGUGUAUUACAAACAAUUCUCCAGAGGUGUAAU